UGGAGCUUAAGGAUGCCCGUUGACGCCUGUAUUCGUCCCCUGUCCACUCUGUCAUGGAGUCAGACCCGAACGCCCUCCGCGACCCCUACAAACCAGACAUGGGUGACUCCGAGCUACCCGAUCUGGAGUGUGCCAUCUGCUUCUGCCAGUUCAACAAUGUCUUCAACACCCCGAAGGUUCUGCAAUGCAAGCACACCUUCUGUCUGGAGUGCCUCGCCCGGAUGAACAUCAAAUCCAACCAACCCGACACCAUCCAGUGCCCGCUUUGCCGUUCAUACACCCCUUUACCAGAUUUGGGACUCCCAAAACUGGCCAAUAACUCGACAGUGCUGUCUUAUCUCCCUUCUGCAAUGCAGCAUGUCUACAGCAUCCGUUUUAACAGAAACAAGGGAAAACUGCAGGUUAAGCGAGUGCCCAGUUCUGUCCCGAUACACACACACACUGUCAGUCAGAGUUUGGAUGUGGGCAUGCCGGCUGGUAUGCAGGGAUCAUCAGGAGAGGGCAGGGAGAGGUCUUUACUGAUGACCAUCCUGCGGACGCCGCUCUGCAAGGCUUUUUUAAUGAGCACGGUGGCCAUAAUAGCUGUCGUUCUCACUAUUACUAUUAUAAUACUGCAGCAGAAGCGCUAAAAGAGGUCUGCAUGCUUUGAGGGUACCCCAGAGAUCUGCUCUAUUAGUGUUAAAAGAAUAAAAGUACAUAGUUCACCCAAAAAUGAUAAUGUUCUCACUAUUUACCAGGGCUGCACAACCAGGAGCUACAGAACGUCUCGGUUAUGAAUGUAUUCCAUGUUCCCCGAAUAGAGAACGAAUACGUGUGUCUAGUUAAAGACACUAUUAGGAGAUCGCUAGAUGACCAACAGUUUCUUUAUCUAGCCACACAUUGGAGUUUCAAUGAAGGGUAACGUCUCGGUUACGAACGUAACUCUUGUUCCCCGAAUAGGAAAUGGAGACAAGUGUCUAGAUAAAGACACUAUUGGGAGAUCGCUACAUGACCAAUAGUGUCUUUAUCUAGACACACGUCGGAGUUUCCAUGAAGGAGAACGUCUUGUUACAAACAAAACCUACGUUUUCUGAAUAGGGAAUGGAGACGUGUGUCUAGAUAAAGACACUAAUGGGAGAUCGCUAGAUGACCAGUAGUGUCUUUAUCUAGACCAGGGAUAACCAAACUUGUUCCUGGAGGUCCGGUG